AUAUCUUAUCGAAAAGUCCGCGGUCACACUGUACUGCACUCAAAUUUGUUUAUAUUUUGCAAAAAGUGCAUUAAAUUAAUGGCAAACUUACAGUUAACUCAGGAAAAACUUGAUGCCCUGCGCUCAGAGUACAGACCACGCAGGCCGUGCGCCCAGCUGAAGUACCCGAGACCGAAAACAAAACCGGAAUACCAAGCGAUAUACCCAUGGCUCCUGCCGGACGAGACGGAUCCACAUUUUGUCUUCUGCGCGGUCUGCGAGUGUCGGUUGAGCUGCAAGCGCUCCGACCUGGGCAAGCACGAGGGCAGCAUCAAGCACUCGGAAAAUGCACAGCGAAAGUCAUUGGUUCCAAAGAUCGAGGAAGAUGCAGUGGCGGCGUCCGGAAUUAUGAAUUGGGAGUACACAGACGAGCAAGAGGGCCUGAUGCUGUAUGGAGCAGCCCAUGAGAAAAAAGAGCACGAUGAUGAAGACGGCGACGAUGAGGCUGAUGGGGAUGGGGAUGCCGAUGCGGAGGUCGACGAUGACGACACUGACCCAAAUGGAGAGGGCGAGGCAGAUGCAGAUGCGGAUGUGGAUGCCCAAAGCGAUAACGAUAAUGAGACCGAACCAGCUUCCAAACAACAGCGCCGCAUAUCCGAAAGUGAUUCGCAACAUUCCGGCAUGCUGGACUAUUUACCUCUGCACGUGACCAUCAACGAGCUGCCCAGUCAGUUGCUGCCCGGCACUCCAUUCCCUUCAGCAGCCACGGUGCCGCAGCCAUGCCGCAUCACCAUCAAGAAGGUGUCGGCGCCCGUGGCUCAGAUGGCCGCACCCAGCCCGCCACCAAACGUUGCGCAGUCUCAUGAAAUUACGUCCAAGGCUACCAUCACGCCGUUAGCAGCCUCCGGCAGCUGUUAUACGCCUUCCACGCGUCUGCCGCAAUCAUACGCCUCCCGGCAGCUCCAGUCGUACCAGCUGCAGAACCUCUCCUCCAUCGCCCCGCCGCGCGACUCCCUAGAGCUGUUCUUUGACAGCAUUUGCUCCACCGUCAAGUCGCUACCGCCAAAGCUAGCUACCGAGGGCAAAAUCCGUGUCAUGCAGCUGAUCGGAGAGCUGGAGCUACGCGCCCUCAGCGACCAGGACUGCCCGCUGGCCACUCAACCUAGUCUCGAUCUCGCCACUUGCGCACCGCCUACCCCAGAUACGCCUGUCAGCAGCCAGCAGAAUGCAACGGUGGCAUCCACGACAAAGUAGCUCGCAGCAUGCGGCCCACUCAACCCAUGGAAUCAGUUCAAAGCAGGCUCAAGUUGCUCUCGUUAGUACAGUAGACUUUGAUAAAGUAGAGUUUCUGGUGCUUGCAUCAAUUUUUAUAAGUUUGUUAAUCGAUUUUCAUUAAUAAAUUUAUUUAUUAAUUGUUAUAUUAAUCUUCCUAUCAUCUGUAGAAUGUCAUCAGUGAGAGACGGUCGGUUUUAUAAAAAGUAAUUAAUUACAUUUAAUUGUAAAGAUUUUCCAAAGCAAGUGUUAUAAAUUAUUCACUUAGUUGUAAGCAUAUAUGUAAGUAAGACUGGAUCUAGAAGGCCGGCUUUCCCUCCAACAUGGCCUUGCCGCAGAAGAACGGAAACUGCACGCCCUGGAGCAGCAUAUCCGCGACGCCCUGCGAAGAGUAAAAAACGGAAAGAGUUUCUUGUUUAGCAAGUGGUGGAUUGGAGCAUAUCUAACCGAACGUUAUCGCGUUUGUCCACAUUUUCCGUAUAGCCCCUCCCAGUAUCCCCGAUAAAGUAUGGCACAUGAGUAAUUGUGAAGAAAUGUAUUUUCUGUGAUAAGCAACAGCCGCAUGCAGCACCUGUUUCGUAGCGAUGACCUCACCCGUGACGACCCCACCCCACACCAUGCUGGUAUUUCCCGGACUCACCGACAGGGCGGGUAUGCAGGAGGCAAAUGCAUAGACCCAGAUGUAGAAGAAGGCGCAGAAGAAGGCCACGAAGAAGGAGACGAACCAGAAGACCAGCAGCCAGAAAACAAACCACAGUGGAUUGGGCAUCUUGAUGUGUAGAGUUUCUUGUUCGAAGUAAUUCGAGC